AAUAGCUGCAACCGUACCCGGGGAAUUCGGGGUAAUUCGUUGCUAAACUAAAAUCAUUCACAGUGGCAGAUUGACUGAGAUUGAAGAGUAUCUGAAAACUGAUUAUCCUAUGUCAGAAAUACAGUACCAGCUGUGAGCUGCAGUAUUGCUAUUUGAGGUAUUUACCCAACAGGCAGGCUGGUUACUAGUAACUAUGUCAGCAGCUGGAGCCAGCACUUCAGGUGCUGCUGAGCAUAUAGAAAUGGGAGAAGAUGCAAGGAAAUGCAAGGAAUUUCUGUGUACACAUAUCAGAUUGGCUACCCGCAAUCCAAGAGUCAAAGUGAGUAGUGUGAGAGACAUCAUACAGGAGCUUGUAGAUGGGAAGAUUGAGCCAGAGCAGUUUCUACAGAAGUUAAACGAGACCUCAAAACUUAACAUAGAUCCAGAUACUCUACCUAUUGGUGUUUUAAAGAAAGGUUUGCCUGAAAUACGUCACUCAUUGCUGUACAAUAAGAUAAAGAUAAAUGGAGUGAAGGCACCGCAAGUGGAGAUUUUCAAACGUCAUAAAGUUGCAUGUCAGGGUUAUGUAGACACAACAGAGUCUCAGGUCCGAAAUAAGCCUGCCCAGCAUGAAAAGCAGAUUCUGAAGAAAAUGGAAAAAUUCAUGAAAUCUGAGGAAUUCACUGAUAUUGAUGUCCGUGUUGGAAGAAAGAUUUUCAAGUGUCAUAAAAUUGUAUUAGCAGCAUCCAGCUCUUAUUUCAAAGCUUUAUUUUCGUCUGGAAUGAGUGAGGUUCAGAAUGGAUUUGUGGAUCUUGAAGCAGUUGGUGAAACAGAGUUUCGGGAUAUUUUAAAGGUGAUGUAUUCUGGGAAAUGUGACUUAAAUGCAAACAAUGUACAAGGACUUCUUUAUACGGCUUCCUAUCUUCAGAUUUCGUUUGUAGAGAAAGACUGUAUUCAGUUCAUUGAAAACAGUAUAGGUGAAUUUUGUGACAGUGUGCAUUUUGAACUGCUGAAAUUGAGUAAUGACCUGAGUUUAGUAUCCAUUACAAGUAGAUUAAUAUACUGGGUGGCAUGUAAGUUACAACAUGUGAGGAACUUGGAAGUAUUCAAAGUGAACAUGACCAUAGACAAUAUAAUAGAACUGCUUGAUUUUCCCUUGAAUAUUUGUAGUGAAGAUGAAAUUUGUGACUCAUUGCUAAAGUGGAUUGAGUUCGAUAUGGAAAAGCGAAGGCAGUACGGCAAAGAUGUGAUAUCAAAAAUAAAUUGCCUAGCUUUGACAGAGAAAUACAUGCGGGAGGUAUUCUUAUGUCACCCUGUAGUUAGAGCAAGUACUGAUCUGAAGGAAUUCACAUCCAAAUGUUCAGAGUACCUGGCAAGACCUGGUAGACAGUGGGAAUAUAUCGGUGAAGACGAAGCCGCGUUGCAUCGUGUUGGACAUAAGAAUGUUGAUGUCCUUGCAGUUUGUUAUCCUACCAGUAUACAGUUCACGCAGUUCGCAAGUCUUCUUGGAGGGCAUGAGUAUUCUGGGCAGUUUGCAAUGUUUCGGGAAUCAAGAAAUGAUAAGCUCCGCAAUUUAAAGCGUCGGCCUGACUUCAUAGCAGCAUGCAACCGUGGUCGCUCACAAAUUGUAAUUUCAACGGGAACACAGCUGUUCUAUUUUAAUGGUGACACUUGUAAAUGGAGCUGUGGUCCAUCUCAUACAGCACCAUCAGAGAAUAACUGUCUUCUCUAUGAUCCAGACUUGGACUGCAUUUAUAGUGUUGUUGCUGGCUUAGAAAAAAUCCUUAUUGAAAAAUGUGCGGCCCGUUGUAAUGACAUGGAAGUUCUUUAUGCAGAAAAUGCACGGAAAGAAAUAGUGCAGAACAGAACAUGUGCAUAUUUGAUAGGAGAGAACAUUUACCUGAUAAAGCCAUACCACUCCUAUACCUCAGAAAACAAAUGUGCAUCCAUAUACAGAUUUAAUACAAUCACAAAGUGUAUGACUUUUAUAGAAGAUACAGAAUUACCUUUUCUUUGUUCUACAGCUGUGCCGUACAAAGACAUGGUGUUUCUUAUUGACCAGUCAGGGGAAAACAUAUUGAGAGUGUCAGAUAAUGGCACGCUUAUUGAGCAACACGGAACCGUUAGAGGAGACUUUGGUUACCAUAUACCUGCACUGCGUAUAAGUACAGAUUUCGGAGCGUGCAUAUAUAGUGGACAGCUAAUUCUGGCUGGAGGUAGAAAAACGCAGCUGAAGCAGUAUUUUGGAUAUGACCUUGACUCACAUGGAACCUGCAAGUAUCUUAAUACUGAGUCUAAAUGUGAACCUGCUGUUUGCUUAAAGAUGACAAUUUGUCUAGAGAGAGGUUAGGCAAUAAUUACAAGUACAUUUUGAUGAGUGCUGAAUACAAAAUAUACUUCCAUUAUGAAACUGUGUAUUUGGACAUAUCUUUAGAAUUAUUUCCAGGAAAGGGUUAUUAUAGAGUCAUUUAACGAAAAUGCACUCUCAGCGAUAGAGUAAAACUUAGAAAUAUUUCUGUAAUGCAAGCCUUGUUUAGUCAUUUAUUUUCUGUGACAUUAUUGGCAUAUUUGAAUAUAUAAUAUUAUUUACUUCAUAUAGGUGAUGUCUUUACUUUAUGAAAAUUGAUGGCUUUAUGAAAAAUGAUGUAUUUUGAGAAGCUAGCUAGUUAACAUAUUUUUAUGCCGCCCCGAAGGGAGGCAUAUUAGUUUUUAACUGUCCGUCUGUUAGUUCGUUCGUUAGUUAGUUAUUUUGUUCGUUCGUCACAACGUUAACUUUUUGCAUGAAGGCACUUUACUCGCGAACCACUGCACCCAGGACCUUCAAACUUCACAUGCUGAUAGUACUUAUUGAGAAUACCACCCCUACUGACUUUCAGGUCAAAGGUCAAGGUCACAGGGGCCAAUGUUAACUUUUUGCAUGAAAGCACUUUACUCGCGAACCACUGCACCCAGGACCUUCAAACUUCACAUGCUGAUAGUACUUAUCGAAUACACCACCCCUACUGACUUUGGGGUCACCAGGUCAAAGGUCAAGGUCACUGGGGUCAACGUUAACUUUUUGCAUGAAGGCACUUUACUCACGAACCACUGACCCAGGACCUUUAAACUUCACAUGCUGAUAGUACUUAUUGAGUACACCACCCCUACUGACAUUGGGGUCACCAGUUCAAAGGUCAAAGUCACAGGGGCCAACGUUAACUUUGUGCAUGAAGGCACUUUACUCGCGAACCACUGCACCCUGGACCUUCAAACUUCACAUGCUGAUAGUACUUAUUGAAUACACCACCCCUACUGACUUUUGGGUCAAAGGUCAAGGUCACAGGGGCCAGCGUUAACUUUUUGUAUGAAGGCACUUGACUCACAAACCACUGCACCCAGGACAUUCAAACUUCACUUGCUGAUAGUACUUAUUGAGUACACCACCCCUACUGACUUUGGGGUCACCCGGUCAAAGGUCAAGGUCACAGGGGCCAACGUUAACUUUUUGCAUGAAGGCACUUUACUUACGAACCACUUCACCCAGGACCUUCAAACUUUACCUGCUGAUAGUACUUAUUGAGUACACCAACCCUACUGACUUUGGGGUCACCAAGUCAAAGGUCAAGGUCACAAGGACCAACGUUAACUUUUUGCAUGAAGGCACUUUACAUGCGAACCACUUCACCCAGGACCUUCAAACUUCAUAUGCUGAUAAUACUUAUUGAGUACACCACCCCUACUGACAUUGGGGUCACCAAGUUAAAGGUCAAGGUGCUGCGGGGGCAUUUGUUACCAUUAGUGACAGCUCUUGUUUACAUUAUGAAAAAUGAUGUCUUUGGCACAUUAUGUUAUGAAAAAUGAUGUCUUUUGCAAACAGUUACCAUAAUUUUUCUUACGUUAUGAAAAAUGAUGUCUUUGUAAACAGCUUAAGUUACCGUAUUUUUUGUUAUAUUAUGAAAAAUGAUGUCUUAUGCAAGCAGUUACCAUAUUUUGCUUUGUUGCCCUUUAAAUAUCAAUGAUGAUCAGAAAACUAAAAUAUAUUAUUUCAAAACG